AUGCCGCGGCCGUUUUACCGUCGCGUCUGUAUUCACGGUGCGACGCCCCGAUUCGGCGAUGCCGUGCAGAAGCUGGCAGAGGCGGUGCUCUGGCUGGAGCGCGCACCGGCGUCUGUUGAGCUGUCUAUUCGCUUUGCUCAGCCGUCGCAGAUGCAGGCGCUGAACCACGAGCACCGCGGCAUAGACCGCCCGACGGAUGUGCUCACGUUCCCUGGCAGUGGCAGCGGCACACCUGAAGUCUGUUGGUCGAACGAACUCAUCCUCUCUCAUCCACAUAAUGAUCCAGAUGCAGAUGAAUGGAGUGCAUUUGAAAGUUCACUGCGGCAGCAGCGUGCAAUGCUGCUGGACCUAGGUGACAUUUACUUUAGUGUCGAGUACGUCUGGCUCCGCUGCCUUCGCCGCCCUGAAAGGAACUUGCGAUUCCACGAUUACCUACAGGCGGCGUUGACCCACGCAAUGCUACAUGCCUUGGGGUACAACCACGACACCCCAGAGAGCUGGCGGAAGAUGUCGAGGCGGGAGAAGUUUCUGGCACAGCAGCUGGUUACAUGGCAGCGCCGUUGGCCGGGCUGCCUGACGGAGUUGGAUGGCAUCGAGUUUCUCACCUCGGCCAGACCCUGA